AUGGAGCAAAGGACUAGGAACCGUGGACGCGGUCGGAGGACCUUAGGACGAAAACUGACAUAUCUUAGGCUACGACAUAUCAAAUGCGAUGAAACCCGACCAUCGUGUCACAAAUGUACGAGCACAGGCCGUCAAUGUGACGGUUAUGAUUCUCUCCCCGAUAAAAGGACACGUACAUGGAGGAACGCCGUUGCCUCCACGGGGUUAGAAGUAGCGAUUGCAGAGGAAGAAAGCAGGAGUACACGAUCAAGUCCAUCCGCCGUGAUUAUCGAUACAUGCCAAGUGGACCUAACACAUCAGGAACGUGGAUUCCUAGAUUUCUUCCGUAAGGUCACAUCACCACAAUGCGCCGGCUACUUCACUCGCUCUUUUUGGCGCUACCUCGUUAAUCAAGCUAGCGAGAGCGAACCAGCAGUUUGCCACGCGGUGAUUGGUAUGAGCGCAUUACAUUGGAAUCGAAUCAUGCAAAUCCAAAAAGGAUCUCAGGACGUUGUCAUCUCACUCCCACUUCAACAAUGUGGGAAAGCACUCCAACAUCUUCAAGAUAACCUUUCCGCGAAUCUAUCCAGUCGCACCCGAAUGGAAAGUGUUCUCGUGUCCUGUCUCAUCCUUAUCGCAUUCUCCUUUUCAUAUGGUGAUGCGCAGGCAGCUAGCUGUCAUCUCCAGGCUGCGUAUCAACUUUUACACGAUUGGCAAAAGGUCGGUAUGUACAACAGUCCCAUCGGACCGACAGUACUGCAAACACUGAACCAGCCACACCUGGAAUGGCUUCCCCUGACCGAUCCUCGGCAUGGACUUGAAGUAAGUUACUUCUGGCCAGUGAUGCUGGCUGGAAGUUAUGACUUGAUUACAUCAGUCAAGACGCCGGAGGAAGCGGGCGGGAUUAUGGUUAUUCUGGGAUGGCUUGUUUUACAAAUAAGACCUAAAGAUAUUGGGGGACGGAAAUCUCCUGCGAGUCAUAUUCAAAGUGCUGCACAAGCUACACUGGAUCGAAUUUUGCAGUGGAAAAUUCAAGCUCUUCAGUCUACGGGUGAGGAAUAUGAGGAUGAAGUAUGGCUGGAUAUUCAGAAGACGGUCGCUAUCUUUGAUAUAUGGGCGGAGAUGAUGCUCGUUAAAAUGCUCACGGAUGAUAAAAUUGAGAAAGGAGAAAGUCGAUAUGAUUCCUGUUUACCUCAUUUUAAACGCAUCAUCGAGCUGGUUAAAGGGCUUCUGAAACUUGGUUCAUUAGCUUGGACCCGAGCCGUGAUUAUUACUCCGAUCUUCUUCUGUGCCUUCAAGUGUCGUGAUUGGUAUGUCAGGCGGGAAGCACUAGCUCUGAUGAGUGGAUGGGAGCGUGAAAAGGGGAUCUGGUCGGUUUCUGGGCCGGCGUUGGUCCUGGCACGAUUAAUCGAGAUCGAGUCGAAGAAUCUCACUCCACUGGAUAUCAUUCCUGAAGGAGCUCGGAUCGAUGCAACGCGGGUUGACUUUUUUCCACAAGAGGCAAUGGUUCGGUUUUGGUUUCGUCGAGCUCUUCCGGCUGGGCUAUGGAGGUCUUGUGAUGCACGAUGGGUUUGGGAUAGUGAAUUAAUUUCAUACUGA